AUGUUGUGUUCUCUCUCUCCGUCAGUGUACUAUGAGGGUCUUCAGGACAAGCUGGCGCAGGUGCGUGACGCGCGGGCGGCACUGAACGCUCUGAGAGAGGAGCACCGGGAGAAGCUGCGACGGGCCGCCGAGGAGGCUGAGAGACAAAGACAAAUCCAACUCGCCCAGAAACUGGAGAUCAUGAGGCAGAAGAAACAGGAGUAUCUGGAGAUGCAAAGGCAGCUGGCGAUUCAGCGUCUGCAGGAGCAGGAGAAGGAGAGACAGAUGCGCCUGGAGCAGCAGAAACACACCAUUCAGAUGAGAGCACAGAUGCCUGCCUUCUCUCUGCCUUACUCACAGAUGCAGUCGCUGCCUCCUAACGUGGCCGGAGGGGUGGUGUACCCCCCCGCUGGCCCUCCCAGUUACCCAGGCACGUUCAGUCCUGCUGGUUCAGUGGAAGGGUCGCCCAUGCAUGGAGUCUACAUGAACCAGCCCGGACAGACGUCUGCUGGUGGCCCGUACCAGGCCAUGCCCGCAGAUCCCAACAUGGCUUACAUGUAUCAGCCUGCAGGCACCAGCGGGCAGCCAGUCGCCCCUGGACAAGCCCCUCCCACAACCACCCCUGCCUACACUAACUACCAGCCAACACCCACGCAGGGCUACCAGAACGUGGUUUCCCAAGCUCAGAGUUUGCCCCCUAUGUCCCAGGCUCCCCCCACCAAUGGUGUUGCCUACAUGGGCUACCACCAGCCAUACAACAUGCAGAAUAUGAUGAGCGCUCUUCCAGGACAAGACCCCAACAUGCCUCCCCAACAAUCCUACAUGCCUGGGCAGCAGCCCAUGUACCAGCAGAUGGCUCCCCCUGGUGGUCCGCAGCAGCAAUCCCAACAGCAGCAGCACCCGCAGGCUCCUCCGGGCAGUGCAGAGGCUCAGCUCAUUUCAUUCGACUGAUCGCUCAUCAUAUGCCUUCACCCGCCAGGUCCAGCACACUACAUCCAACCCUCCCGCACCCUGCCGGUUCUGGGGUCAUUAUCCUCACCUGCUCUCACUCCACAAGUGUUGAAGGUGUACAAAUACAAGUAAAAGCAUCUGGCCGUCUGAGUCCCUCUCCCUUCCCUGUCUCUUUAAACGAAGGAGGAGAGGCUACAGAUGGAGCUGGUGGGGAACCUUUGUCUCUCAGCUGGAUGAAUCUCACAAAACCCAAUGUCUGGGUCACAU